AUGCCGGUUGCUCCUCUCGGUUUCCCUCACGUCUCCACGGAAGAAGAUGUGUACAAUGGAUACCUCAUCCCUAAAGGCUCAAUAAUAAUCGCAAAUAUUUGGGGAAUGUCUCGUGAUCCCCGUCGAUAUCCCGAUCCAGAGGCGUUCAGGCCAGAAAGGUUCCUGACGAAAGACGGCGCGCUCAACGGCGACGACGUGCGGUUCACCUUUGGAUGGGGCCGGCGCAUCUGCCCGGGCCGACACUCGGCCUUCGCAUCCACUUGGAUUGCUACCGCCUCGCUGCUGGCGGCAUAUACGUUUGAAAAGGCGAAAGAUAAGAAUGGCGUGGAGAUCGACCCGGUUCCUCAGUGGAUCACGGGGCUUACGAGAAAACACGAACGAGUCCCGCUGCGUGUCGUUCCUCGGUACAGUCGAUCAAAGUUGGAACAGUUGGUGAAAGAUGCUCAGCAGGAUUGA